AUGGUGGUCUCAUUUCCGGCUCUCCUGCGACCCUUCCGACUCUGUCGAUGGGACCCGACACCCUGGGCGCGGUUGGCAAGGCCUACAAAGCUCAGGACCGGUGACCCAAACUCUUGGGCCCCUGCCAGGAUGGCGGUGACAGUGACGCUGGAGCCCGCGGGCCGCUGCCGCUGGGACGAGCCGGUGCGCAUCGCCGUGAGCGGCCUGGCCCCGGGGCAGCCGGUCACGCUGCGCGCGUCCCUGCGCGACGAGAAGGACGCGCUCUUCCGAGCCCACGCGCGCUACUGCGCCGACGCUCACGGCCAGCUGGACCUCGAGCGCGCGCCCGCGCUGGGCGGCAGCUUCACGGGCCUCGAGCCCAUGGGGCUCCUCUGGGCUCUGGAGCCCGAGAAGCCCUUGCUGCGGCUGGUGAAGCGGGACGUGCAGACGCCCUUCGCCGUGGAGCUGGAGGUGCUCGAUGGCCACGACCCGGAGGCCGGAGGGCUCCUGGGCCGGGCGGUGAACGAGCGCGACUUUCUGGCGCCGGGGGUGCGGCGCGAGCCCGUGCGCUCGGGCCGGGUGCGCGCCACGCUCUUCUUGCCGCCGGGACCUGCACCCUUUCCUGGGAUUGUGGACAUUUCUGGAACUGGACGUGGCCUUCCGGAAUAUCGAGCUAGUCUGCUGGCUGGGAAGGGUUUUGCUGUGAUGGCUCUGGCUUAUUAUAACUAUGAAGACCUCCCCAAGAGCAUAGAGAACCUCCACCUGGAGUACUUUGAAGAAGCUAUGAACUACCUGCUUAAUCACCCUCAGGUAAAGGGCCCAGGGGUAGGGCUGCUUGGGAUUUCCAAAGGAGGCGAACUCUGCCUCUCCAUGGCCUCGUUCCUGAAGGGCAUCACCGCGGCUGUCAUCAUCAAUGGCUCUGUGGCCAGUGUCGGCGGAACCUUACACUACAAGGGUGAGACACUGCCGCCUGUGGGUGUCAGCCGAAGUCGAUUCAAGGUGACCAAAGAUGGCCUAACAGACAUUCUGGAUGUCCUGAACAGCCCUUUGGAAGGACCUGAUCAGAAGAGCUUCAUUCCUGUGGAAAGGGCUGAGUGUGCCUUCCUGUUCCUUGUGGGUCAGGAUGACCACAACUGGAAGAGUGAAUUCUAUGCUAAUGAGGCGUCUAAACGCUUGCAGGCCCAUAGUAAGGCGAAGCCCCAGAUCAUCUGUUACCCAGGGGCGGGACACUACAUUGAGCCUCCUUACUUCCCCAUGUGCCGGGCUUCCCUGCACACCUUGGUGGGCAGUCCUGUCAUCUGGGGAGGGGAGCCCAGGGCUCAUGCCAGGGCCCAGGUGGAUGCUUGGCAGCAGCUCCAGACUUUCUUCCACAAACACUUGGGUGGGGAAAAGGGGCCAAUCCCAGGAAUGCUGUAAUCGUUUAUCCCGGGGACAGCUGCCACAAUUAGUGUAUAUGUGUAGUUUUUUUCUUUUUAAUAAUUACUUCAGUGUUAAAGUGAAUGUACCAAGAAAUUUUCAAGAUAUUUAUAAAUUACAUACUUUUUCAGUUGUUUGGGAGGAGAGUGAUUCUACAGAAAACACAACAGAUGGAGAAAGCAUGCCCUUUAGUGUCUAACAACACAUAACUGACAAAACUUUAGCUCUGAAAGGAAAAGAGUAAUACCUGGUACACAAUUGGUGCUUAGUUAUUAUUUGAAUAAUUUAUUAUUGAUUUUGUUUAAUAAUUAAUUUAUAAAUAAAUGAUUACCUACUGUGGAAGAAAAGCAUACAAAAUAUCAAAAAUAUUAUCAGAUCUGAGUUUCUAAUUUAAGAAUGGAAGUGAACAUCUUAGCUGUAAAUUACUAUACUAGUUAUAGAACUACUUAGAUGAAAAAAAUUAAUAAAAAUUUUCAAAGCAAGUAUGGUUUUAGUUCUUUGAUAUCUUCUCCUUGAAUGAGUAAGCAUUCUCCUCAUGCAAGUGUAUUUUAAGUUAUUUUUGUAUCUUCACAUAUGGACCUUUGUGAUCUAGUUAUUUUGAAAGCUGGUAAAACAUUUAGAUGAAUUUCAUAAGUGACUUUAAUAACGAUUAGCGUGCAAAUAUUCAGUUUUGUACCACUUGAUAUAAAUAGUUUCAUAUUAAACUUACUGAACUUUUCUAAAGCUUAAUGUGUUUAAAAUAAAAAACACCUUAAUUUGUGAUAUGGUAUUCCAGUUCCUCAACUUUCUUUUUCAGUAAAGCAAUUCCUGACAGGUGUUUUUUCUCAAAAUUCAAAAACAGUACAGAACUCUUUUUGUUUUGCCAGCUGUUUUUUUCUUCUAUACCAUUGUGAGGCAGGUGUCAUCUUCCUUUUACAGAUGAGGAAACUGAGACUCAGUACCUGCAUGGUACCUCUAGAGCUGGGGCCCCGGCUCCCCACAUCAAGUUUCUUCUCUCUUGAGCCCGUCCAUGCCCUGUGCAGGGCAGCAGCCCCAGUCACAGGCAAAGGAAGUGGCUCGUCUUUCUCCUGCCUAAGUUCUCAGGGGAGUUCCUGGACUUGCAGUGGGGGGGUAGGGGUAUUUCAGGGCACUGAUGUUGAAAGAGUAGAUCUGGAACCGUGUUUAAACCCUUGACAUAGUAGUAUGGUUUUGCGGGAGCUGACAGGCAACUCAAAAUGCCUACACUCCUUCCCUUGAUUGUUAACAAUGUGUAUGUGAUUUGCCCUCCUCUUCCUCUUUCCUCUCUUUGUAUCUCUCUUUCUGCUACUUUCUGUAAACAGCGUCUUCCGUGACACUUGAAGGAAUCGCGCCAUCUAUCAAGCUGGAGUGUCAGUCUUCUCUAGAUGCUGAUCGUGAGUGAUAAAAGGCAGAAGCAGCAGAAAUUUGGGGGCCAAUUAAUGACGAAGUUAAAUUGUAGACCAUGUAUUUCAAAAGACACAAAGAUGAUUUCCUCUUUAAAUUCUCUUGAGUAGGAGGAUCUAAGAAAAGGGGAAAUAGAGACACCAUAGGCAUGUGUUCUGGAGGGGAGAGUGAAACUACAUACUAUGAUGUAAAGAUUAGAAAAGAAUUCAGAGUGAUAGUGGCUUUUGAUAUGGGUCUUAACUGAUAGGAUCUCUUUUUCUCGAAUCUAGAGUAAUAAAAAUUCAUAGAAAACUUGGAAAAUAGAGAAAAUUAUUCACUAGAAAAGGAGUUGCAUAUAAUCCAUUCACUAGAAACUAGCACACUUAACAUUUUAGAAUAUUUCCAUUUUCCUCUAGGCUGCUUGUUGUGUGUAUUGAGUUUUUACUCAAUUAAGUGUACAUCCAUUUUACCUCAGUAUUGUAUGAUGUUUUUCUUACCAUGUUAUUAUAUUCUUCAAAUACAUGACUUUUUAAAAA